CAGGUCUGGCGGUCACGUGACGCUCUCUUUGUCUCUGACGUUGCUCCGGAGCAGCGACACCGACGCGAUGGACGGCAGGAGCUACGGUCCAGGUUACUCCAGUUGGGGAGGUGGCAGUUCAGGCAGCAGAGGUUCUGGUGGCUUUGACCUGUAUGGGGGAGGCUACAAGGACUCCAUGUCCGGGCUCGGGGGCUAUGGGGGGGGAGGAGGAGGAGGCGGAGGAGGAGGAGGAGGCGGAGGCCACAUGAAGAGAGGUCUCUCCGGAGGGUCUCUGCUCUCGUCCACCGGCACAAACGCAGACGCCGUCAUUGCCAAGAUCAACCAGCGUCUGGACAUGCUUACUCAGCUGGAGGGGGGGCUGAAAGGGACCCGAGGUGACAGGUAUGACCACUACGAGUCAUUCGACUCGCGCGCCCCCGCUCUCACCUCCUCCCGAGAUCUCUACAGAUCUGGCGGCGGGAGCUAUGGUUAUGGCGAUGGCCGUGAGGACAGCAUGCUGCUGAGUCAGCGCGGAGGCUCCGGCUUCGGAGGGGGAAUUGGGCUAGGCGGGGGAGGAGGCUUUGACAGCCCCUCCUCUUCCUAUGGAGUCGCCAAAGUGCGACAGAAUAUGAGGGAGUCCUUCAACAGUGGCCAGGGAGGAGGCUCUGGAGGCGGAGGAUGGCCUGGAGCAGGCCGACGGUCCCCCAGAAGGGGUGGAAGUGCUGGGGGUCGAGGAGCUGGUGGUGGAGGAGGAGGAGGGGGAGGAGGAGGGUUUGGAAGCCGCAGGUCCGACCCCACUCCUCUAGGCGGAGGUGGGCGGGGCAGUGUCAGCGGUGGCCAGUCCCACCGCGGCCGCUCUCCUGGAGGUGGUAGAGGAAAGCUCCCAUCCCUCCUGUCCAACCGCAUGUACCCUGAGAGCGGGGGCUUCCAGCAGGGUUCCACUCGAGGGCCUCACGACUUCCCUGGGAGGCACUUUGGAGGGGGCCCGCGGGCCGGCCGGCAGCGGGGCCGCAAGAGACCCCUCAACAAACAGGUGAAGCCUCAGCGGGACGUCCAGAAGAAGAGGAAGCAGACGCUCACAGCAGCCGAUGAGCCGGAGUCCAAGAUGAACAGGACGGAGAGUGCAGAGGCAGAAGCUACUCCAGUGAAAGCAGAGAAGAACGGUGACGACAGUGAACCAAAGACGGAGCUGAGUCCUGCUGCAGACGGAGAUAAAGCUCUCGUUGUUUUCUGCUCAGAUUCACCCAAACAGGAGGAGAAGAAGAGUUUGAUCGGAGACAAACAGUCCCCGACACAAAGUCAGGACAAGCACCCGAAGAUGAGGAAGAGGAGGGGCUUCCUGGAGAGGGUGAUGUUCGCCUGCUCGGUGUGCAAGUUCCGUUCCUUCUACAAGGAGGAGAUGGAGACUCAUCUGGACAGUCGCUUCCACAAGGACCACUUCAAGUUCCUCUCAGGCCAGCUGUCCAAACCCACCACGGACUUCCUCGAGGAGUAUCUGCAGAACAAGUUCAAGAAGACGGAUCAGAGAGUCAGCCAGUUGGAAAACCACAGUGCUGCGAUCUGCCAGGUGUACAAGGAGCAGGACCUCACCCGGGAUCUCGGCAUGGAGCACUUCAUGAGGAAGGUGGAAGCCGCCCACUGUGCAGCAUGUGACCUGUUCAUUCCCAUGCAGCCUCACCUGAUCCAGAAACACAUCAAGUCUCCAGACCACAACUACAACAGGAAGGGGAUGAUGGAGCAGUCCAAGAGGGCCAGUCUGUCCGUCGCACGCAGCAUCCUCAACCACAAACUCAUCGGAAAGAAGCUGGAGAGCUACCUCAAGGGAGAAAACCCCUUCACCGGUAACCAUGACGACCAGGAUCCAGAGGACUCCAUGGUGAUGGACGUGUCCGAGCUGGAGUUGACCAGCGAGGCGGCGGACGGCCAGACGGAGGAGGAGGAGCCAGUGGCUGAGGAGGAGGAGGAGGAGGAGACGAUUCAGGAGGCGGUCAAGGAUGGAGACGAAGCAGCAGCAACAACAACAACAACAACAGAGGAGGAAAAGAUGGAGGAGGGAGAGGAGGAGAAGGCAAAACAGGAGGAAGAGGAGGAAGGUUUUGAGGUUGAAGAGGAAGACGAGGGAUACGUGGUGCACGACGAGAUCGGGGAGGAGGGAUUACUGGGCGAGGAGGAGCAGAAGGAAGAGGAAGAGGAAGGAGUAGAGGCAGCAGAGGGAGAGGAGGAAGAAGACAAGAAAGAUGAAUGACUUUUGCACCGCGAGUGUGACUCCUCAGUACGAACCGGUCGGUGACCCCCCCCCCCACAGUCCCCAUUAAACCCAGUGUCAUUACCAGGCUUAUUAAGAAACAUCCAGUCCAGCGUUUCCCCGUCUGACUCGCCUCCUUUUUAUUUGUUGUUGAAGGAAUAGAUCCACAGUUUUGUGAAAUCCUCUUCUUCACGGUGUCGUGUGGAGUUUGAUGACUCGACAGGCCGUCGUUGAUCCGAAUGCUUUGGAUUAAUCGUUAACCAGCACAGUGUGAAAUAAAGUUUUAUUGACUUUCUUUAUCUGUGACUAUUCAGUCAAAUGUGAGAUCAGCAUGUUUCACUGUAAACAAAUCAUCAGCAGGAGAGCUAGUAACGUUAGCAGCACCGCUAACGGUUAAAGUACGAUGCGUUCAGGCUCCAUUAGGUAAAAGGCUGAAGGUAAAUCACAACGUUACUUGUCCCCCUCGUUGAUAGACUUUAGAGUAUUUCACAGAAUGUCAAACUAUUCCUCUGAAUUAUUAUUUUUGUGCCUUUUUGUUCAAAGUAUUCUUCAUUUUGAUUUCUUUGUUUGAGUUGUUCAUGAAAUCACGUAAAGCUGAGAGACAUUUAGAUCUUCUGUCGAUGUUGGACGAGUUUAAGACUAAAUCUAGAAUCGCUUUAAAUUAAAUAUCAUGAUUUAUUUGCAGGGAACUCACUUAAUGUACAAAGAACUCUACCUGAGAUUGUUUUAACACUAAAUAAUUAUUAGAGAAUAGAGUUCUCUUAUUACGUAAUGAUGGUAUCAUGUACGUUAUGACAUAAUCCAUAGAGGGUAAUUAUGUCACUGCUGUCAUUUACAAACCUGUCCAUUAAAUAAUAAACU